AUGAAGCGCGGAGUUCGGCGGGCUCCUUCCCGGAAGCGGAAGCUCGGGGGACGGGCCAAGGAGGACCGGGAACCCACGGCGGUUAAUUCCUUUUGCCGUGUGGCUUCACUUCCCUACGUCUGGGCUUUUCUGAGGCUGCGGGAGAUGGUCAGGUCCGGAUCUCGACCGGGCCAGGUCUUACCUUCAGGAAGGCACACCGGACCUGCUAAAUUAACAAAUGGAAAGAAAGGGACCCACUUAAGAAAAAUAUCACGUUUUGAUGAAGAUUCUGGCAACCCCAUCCAUUCUGAUUUCGAAAGUCGGACUGAAACCAUACAGGGACUUGAUGGUUGUGCGUCUUUGCUGUGGGACAUUUUGAGAAAUGAAGAUUCAGGUUCAGAAACAGCACAUUCAGAAAAUAGACACAAUCCCAGACCUUUAGAAAGAAAAAGAUAUGGAUCUAAAAAGAAAGGACAUGAAAAACAUACUGUUCCUUUAGUAAUCCAGGAAGAAAUAGUAUCUUCAGAUAAUAAGAAACAGAUACAUAAUGAAGCUUCUGCUGGAAGUGAAAGAGACACAUCAGACAUAGCACAGAAUUGGCCAUUGCAAGAUCAUUAUAGAAUGUAUUCACCCAUAAUAUAUCAAGCCCUCUGUGAGCAUGUACAAACUCAAAUGUCACUGAUGAAUAACUUGGCUUCAAAGAACAGCCCUAAUGGAAUUCCUGCUGUACCUUGCCAAUUUAUGUCUGGUUCUGAAUCUCAGGCAACUCCACAUUCUAGUUCUGAUUUAUGUACCUCCACCCCAGUCUGGUCACCUCAGCCACCACCCUGUCCUCCAAUGGUUCAUUCUUCUCAUGGAAAAGAAACUCAUCCAGAUGAGUCCAGCAAGACACACCAAAGCCCCACUCGAUCACUGCCAGCUUUCUUGGCCACUAAUGAAGAAAAAUGCGCCAGAGAACAAAUUGGAGAGGCCACAAGUGAAGGAAAGGAUUUAAAUGUACAUGUGCGAGAUGCAAAAAUAGUCAAGGAUAUACAAAAGGCAAAAAAUUUGAACCAGACUACUGAAAAAGUUAGAACUUUAAAGUAUUUGUUGGGGGAACUGAAGGCCCUGGUAGCAGAACAAGAGGAUUCAGAAAUUCAGAGGUUGAUUACAGAAGUGGAGGCAUGUGUAUCUAUGCUUCCAGCAGUAAGUGUAAGCACAGAUAUUGAAGUUGAAAUAGCACUGGCCAUGCAACCAUUAAGAAGUGAAAAUGCUCAGUUACGAAGGCAGUUGAGAAUCUUGAACCAGAAACUUAGAGAACAAGAAAAAACUCAUAAGGCAUCUGGUACUAUGGAAUGCAAUCUUGAAUUGUUUUCUCUUCAGUCAUUGAAUAUAUCACUACAAAAUCAAUUGCAAGAGUCACUAAAGAGCCAGGAAUACAAUCAGAAAUCAAGACAUAGCAUGUUUAAGAUGAGAGCGUUGGAAGCCAGAACUUUACAGAAAAGUAUGGCAAAGCUUCUCUCAGAUCUUAGUAUGGAAAGCACUCGCAGCAAGCCUGGGAAUAACCUUACCAAAUCACUUCUGAACAUUUAUGAUAAACAACUUCAACAGGACCCCUCCCCUGCUCACACUUCCAUAAUGAGCUAUCUAAAUAAGUUAGAAACAAAUCACAGUUUUACACAUUCAGUGCCACUCUCUAUAAUUAAAAAUGAGGAAACCAUGGAGCCAGACAGACCCUAUGAAGAUGUUCUGCCCUCCAAAGGCCCUCAGCACAGUAAUACUAAGGACAUGGAGGAAGUGUCAACACCUGGAAUUAUUUCUACCCUUUCAAAACCGGGUUUUGAUGAGAGUGAAACUAUGACUUUAAUAGGAGAUGAGUGUAAUUUGGAUAAUACAAUUUACAUUCCUUUUGCUAGAAGCACUUCCAAAAAGAAAUCACCUCUUUCUAAGAGAAUAUCCCCCCAGCCUCAGAUAAAUGUAGCUGCAACACAGCUAGUCAGCAACAGUGGACUUUUUGUCUCUGAAAAAGAAAAUAAAUUGUGUGCACCUGUAGUUUGUUCUUCAAAAAAGGAAGCAGAAGAUGCACCUGAAAAACUUUCCAGAACUGCUGACAUGGAGGACAUACAGCUUCUCAAGAAAAUAAAGGAAGCCAUUGGUAAGAUCCCUGCUGCCACUGAGGAUCCUGAGGAACAGGCUGUAUGUCACAGCCUGGCAGCUUGUCACAGCAGCAGCAUUCAAGUGAAAGGCAAUACUGUCUCUGAUGGUAGUUUUUUAAAUUCUGACUUGAUGUCUGACUGGAGCAUCUCUUCUUUUUCAACAUUCACUUCUCGUGAUGAACAAGACUUCAGAAAUGGCCUUGCAGCAUUAGAUGCCAACAUAGCUAGACUUCAGAAGGCCUUAAGGACUGGUCUUCUGGAGAAAUGAAUUCAGAAGAAAAUUUAAGUGAGUGCUUCUUUUUAAGAAUAGAACUUGGCUAUAUUGAAGGUAUAUUUUAAGUUUCCUUAGAGAAAUAAUGUUUUAUAUUAUAUGUGAAAUAAUAAAUUGCAUGAAUAAUAAAUUUAUUAUUGGAAUAUA